AUGGCCAAGUCAUCGCAUGAAGGAUUGAGAGAGCGCAAGACAGCAGCCUCUACCAAUGGCACUGCUGAUACUACUGCUGAUUCGUCGUCUUCGAUGUUUUUAAGCAGGCGAGCACAUUCAAGCCCUACUGUAGUCAACCCUUUUGUUGCCAACGAGCUGCGUCAUGCCACUGCAGACGCUGUGAAGCAGAUUUUGGUGGAUGACUUUGGGUUUGUGGAAGAUCACACCAUCUCCAAUGUUCAGCUGAUUCUGGGCUACGUUUCUAGUAUUUCCAUUAUUGCUGGAUCUCUCUAUAACUUUCUCGUGCCGUUUCAUCAAUCUAUGAAUCUGCUUUUGGUUUCCAUGGCAAUAUACGUAGUACUGAAUACGGCACUUUCUGCAUACAACCUGCUUUUUGCCAAGGAUAUCAUGUUUGUGGGUGUCAGAAAAGAUCACACUGGUGCUGGUCCAGAUAUUCACUUGGUGAUCCGUUCUAAAUUUGAGAAAUACUCUGAAACGUAUCUUCUUAAAUUCGGCAUCUCUAAAUUCAAAAAAGGCCAUCCUCAAGCAAAGUCUGGUCCAGUUGCAGAAUCUAUAUUGGAGAAACCAUACAGUGCAUGGUUUGAUGUUGAUGGCAAGUUGGUUCCAAAACGCUUGUAUGAAGAUAUCGCCAGAGUAGCCAGUCGUAACCAGCUACAUUUGUCCUGA